CCGCGGGUCGUGUCAGUCAUCGCGCGGCGCUUCCGGGUGUUGUGGCGGCCCCGGCGCGGCGGGCGCAGCAUGAGGCGGGUGACGCUGUUCGUGAACGGCAGCGCCCGCAACGGCAAGGUGGUGGCUGUGUAUGGGACCCUCUCAGAUUUGCUCUCUGUGGCCAGUAACAAGCUUGGAAUCAAAGCCACCAGUGUUUACAAUGGCAAAGGGGGACUCAUCGAUGACAUUGCUCUGAUCAGGGAUGAUGAUGUUUUGUUUGUCUGUGAAGGGGAGCCCUUCAUUGAUCCUCAGACUGAUGGGAGAGCUCAGGAGGAGCUGACAGGGUCCCACACAGACUGGCUGACACUCAAUGUGGGAGGCAGAUACUUCACCACUACAAGGUAAAAAUGCUUUUAGUCUCCAAAAAACUCGAUUUCAAUGCAGCAAAAGAGCUUGAAAAACAACUUAUUUGUGGAAACAGAUGCUUGGGGGAACAAGCAGGAUCAUAGAGGAGCAUUCCUAAUUGACCGCAGUCCCGAGUAUUUUGAGCCCAUUUUGAACUAUUUACGUCACGGACAGCUCAUUGUAAAUGAUGGCAUUAAUUUGCUAGGUGUCCUGGAGGAAGCCAGGUUUUUUGGUAUCGAUUCCCUAAUCGAACACCUCGAAAUAGCCAUUAAGAAUUCCCAGCCAGCUGAGGAUCACUCUCCCAUCUCUCGGAAGGAGUUUGUCCGGUUCCUGCUGGCAACACCCACCAAGUCCGAGCUGCGCUGUCAGGGCCUGAAUUUCAGUGGAGCGGAUCUUUCCCGCCUGGAUCUUCGCUACAUCAACUUCAAGAUGGCCAAUCUGAGCCGCUGCAACCUGGCCCAUGCCAACCUGUGCUGUGCCAGCCUGGAGAGGGCUGACCUGUCAGGCUCUGUGCUGGAUUGUGCCAACCUCCAAGGGGUGAAGAUGCUGUGCUCCAACGCGGAGGGAGCGUCCCUGAAAGGCUGCAACUUUGAGGACCCAUCAGGCCUUAAAGCUAAUCUGGAAGGUGCCAACCUGAAAGGAGUGGACAUGGAGGGCAGUCAGAUGACAGGAAUUAACCUCCGAGUUGCAACGCUGAGAAACGCCAAACUAAAGAACUGUAACCUCAGGGGAGCAACGUUGGCAGGAACUGAUUUGGAAAAUUGUGACCUAUCAGGUUGUGACCUCCAGGAAGCCAAUUUGAGGGGCUCUAACGUGAAAGGAGCCAUCUUUGAAGAGAUGCUGACCCCCCUGCACAUGUCCCAGAGCGUCAGAUAGGGAAGAGAAGACGUCAGAGAAGAAGGAAUCCAAACAUCUGUUGUGACUUUCUUCACCUCCUCCCCUUCCUGAGUUAGAAGUAAUGGUUAUUAGACAACUUCCAUUUGCAGUAGUGCCUAAGUAGGCUCUCUUUGAUCACUUUUGGGG